AUGGUCAACGUAAUUAUUGGUGGAACUUGGUUAGUCCAAGAAAAAAUAGGCGAAGGUUCCUUUGGUGAGGUCUUUCGAGUUCUUCAUAACGUUACUGGUAAGGAUUACGCUGCAAAACGAGAACCUAUCGAUACUUUAGAUAAUACACAUUUGGAGAACGAAGUUGAGUUUUUAAAUCUAUUAAAACAAUACGACUUUGUACCAAAAUGCCAAUGGUUUGGAAUAUACGGUGUAUAUAAAGUAUGCGUCAUGGAUUUGCUUGGACCAACACUAAAACAGGUCCGAGCAACUUUCGAUAAAUUGCCUGUACCGAUUGUUAGCGACUUAGCGAUACAAAUGGUUACUAUAAUGGAAAAAGUUCAUAGUCAUGGUAUCGUUUAUCGAGAUGUGAAGCCUGACAAUUUCCUUCUUGAACGCGAAUUCAAAUUACCUGUAACCUCAAAAUUAUCCGAUAAUGAAUCUGAUGAAGAGGAAACAAAUUCUCAACCGGCUGAUGCUCAAAUAUUGUAUCAGAGAAAGCACACGGUCUCAAUCAUUGAUUUUGGUCUUUCUACUUACUAUCGAGACCCAAUAACCGGUGAACAUAUUUCGGGACAAUAUGUUAAGUAUAAAACUGGGACUGCACGAUACGCCAGUAUAAAUAUUCAUAAAGGAAAAGUUCAUACCAGACGGGAUGACCUGGAAUCUCUUGGAUACCUGUUUAUCGAUCUCCUUAAAGGAAGGUUGCCAUGGAGCGGGCUUAAAGCUCGUAAUGCACAGGAAGGAUGGAAAAAAAUGAAAGAUUGGAAGCAAGAACUUUCCUUGGAAGAACUUUGUAAGGAUCUUCCUAGAGGUUUUAUGACGUUUUUACAAUACACCAGAUCCUUGAGAUUUGCAGAAGAUCCGGACUAUAACUAUUUACGCGAUGUGCUUUCGGAAACGACCGGUUCAGGAUCAGAAGCAGAAAUAGUCACAUCUUAUACAAAAUCUCCAACUUCCUCGUGGAGAAUUAAAAACCGCGAAGAAAAUUCUGGGUAUAAUUCACGUACAAUUCAUAUUGGUCGAAAUGCCAUCAAUGGAUUUCCAGUCAAUGGAAAUCAUCCAAAUGGUCGAGAUCAUGACAAAGGCUUUAAACGCCCCGAUACUAUACAAUCUCCAUCUUAUUUUGAACAACGAAGGAACACUUUGAAUGGCCAUGAUCAGGAUACAGUGCCUAGUACUCCUAUGCACGAGAUUAACUUCUUGAACAAUGCUGAAUUGGAGUGGGGUUCUGAUCCAUCAAUGGACAAUGUUCAACAAUCUUUAGAUGACGAGCAAGCACUUGUUUCAAAAAUGAAUAAGUGGCAUUGGAAUGUUAAACAUUCAAAAAUUUCGUGGAAAGAAUCAGAAAGGAAAAUUAAUGGAUUGGUGGACUCUCAAAAUAGACGCUUAUCUUUACCAAAUCCAAAUCCUAAGAACAAUAGUCCACAUUCUUCUGAUGAAGAUCAAAAAAUUUCUUCAUAUGAUAAUCGAAAGAAUCAUCAUCGUACAGAAAAAAUUCAAAGCGAUGGCGCUGGCGCUGAUGAAAAAUUCAACUUGGGACCGAGACGAAGUAUUCCGAAUAUUCGAAGUAAUUCUCUACUAUCUUCACAAUAUCCGAAAAGAAGUGAACCAAAUCUUCGAGAUGCUGCUCGAAAGCAAACAAAACCAGAACCGUCUUCUGUUAUUCAAAGAACAAUGGGACACAGACAAGAAUUGGAAGCAUCUUCCUCUAAUAAUCAAUCUCCUAAAAAGUCAUCUCCGCUUGCAAGCCCGAGUAACAUGUCGAGGAAUGGAGAAUUCAAAAGUAAUUCUCCUCCCGAAUCAAAAUUUUAUUCAAUGAACGAGCGCCAUUCUGAGCAAGAUAUAAAAUACUCACCACAAGAUGUCAGAUAUUCACCACAGGAUGCGCGUUUCAACAUUCAGGAUACCAGAUAUUCAAUACAAGAUGCACGUUUUAAUUCUCAAGAUGCUCGAUAUUCCACAAAAUCACUCAUCAUUAACGGGCGUGAAGCAAAGACAAAUCGCGGAAGGUCGAUGACCUUCAGUCAUCAGACUUUGCCUCCUCAGGAUGUUCGACUGCAACAGGCAAAAGUUUCUCAUGUAACCUUUGCCAAAAAUAGCAAAAGUAAUCGAACAACCAACACUUUCAAUAAUAAUGGUAAUGGAACCCGCCGGAAAAGUUUUAAUUUCCCUCAAAAUGGAAACGAAAGGGUUCCACGAGGACGUAGCUACACGAUGAGCGAGAGGGAGGUUCAGAAGGCGGCUUUGUGA